AUGACACAACCACCGCCAAAUUCUCCAGUACCAGUGAAAAAGUCUUCUCUCCAUCAAUCUAUCUACCAGUUCGAGGAGCAAUAUUCAAGACUUGUGGAUUUUAUAACUAAUUCCUCCCUUGCGGAUCACACCUGCAUACUUAUCGAUGAUGAGUAUAACAUGGAAGAGGAGAUGCGCGACUACGACUGCGAUGACCUUUUGGAUUCGACUUGCUUUGUUAACUUAUGA